AUGAGGAAAUGGAGGAAGGUGUGGAUCCGCCCGCUGGAUGUAUUCCGGAAGAAACUCGAGAAAGCCAUGUCGGAGACCGAUCUGGAACCUCUCAGUGAUUUGAGAAGAGGGUUGCCCAUUCUUGUCGUCCCUGACGGUGGUGUGAGGAAGAGGGGACUUGUAAUGUCGCAGGAUUCCGCUCGCAACGAGGUCGAGUUCCUUGACGUCGAUAGCGGUGCCAUUGAGAAAACCGGCCUGCAAGCAGUCUUUCUUCCCUCUACAGACUUAUUGGCGAUCCCUAACCAGGCCAUCAGAUGUCGCCUCGAGACGGACUGUCCGGACUCCGAGCUCCUGUCCGUUUGGACCAGGACGAGGGUGCGAAUCAUUAAAUGGGGUUGCAUACCCGUCGUAUCCUUGAGCCUUCUCGACAGCGAUUUCGAUACCAAAUCGGAGAUCGUGCCAGAACGCUGCCCCAGCCGCAAAAUCCAGAGGCUUCAUAAACUACCCGGCAUUUACCUCCCGCCAGCGUAUAGCAUGCUGAGGAACUGCUCAGUGUUGCAUGUCGAGCGCUUGACCCUCUUCAUCGUACACAAUGCAGCACCGUUUGAGAGCGAUGUGAGCGAGAUCCCGGCAGAGGAUGAGGAGAACUUGCCUCCUCCCCGGAACGUCGGUGACCUUGGAUUAGCCGAGUUCAAGCAUCCCGAUACGAAGAAAGUCUCCAAGACGAGGGUCAAGAUUGAGGAGUUGCGAGGAUUAAGAGCUGUCGUUCGCUGCGUGGACACCGGCCAGCCCUUCGAAUUGGACUACUUUCGUUUGAAACCUCUAAGGAAAAGGGAGCCUUCCCUUGUUAUGAAGGUAAUCUUGACCUACGAAUACAGCCGCCUCGAUGAGGAAUACCUUUCUGUUCUCCUCCGGACCGGUGUUUUCGACGUAUUCUUUGAGGAUAGUAAUCAUGUGCCAUCGGUGCGCCUCUUCACACCUCAAGGGCUCGAAGUGAUUGCCUGCGCGUCUCGCUUGCAAUCGAACUCUGUUCGGGAGGCUGAAGAUCUGUCGUCGACGGAUUCGCUUUCCGAGGAGUCCGACGACUCAUUCUGAUGCAACUCAUCCGAGUCUGGUGCGGCUGAGAGGAGAGAUGAAUUGUGAUCCUAGCCGGUCAUUCCGGCCAGAGGGAACUGGUCCCGGAAACAUCAGAUACAGAUCAGCUUUCUUCGUUGUGCUCUUGCCAUAUUUCGAAUACGAAACGCCGUGUUUAAGAUUUGAUAUGAAACGUCGACUCCGUCAUAGUAGCCGGACGUCGACAAAUUCGAGAGCAUGGAAUUGUAUUAGAGUUUUUUCGCGUAAUGAUAGAGCUUGCGAGAUUUAUUCUCCGGAAGAUAAGUCGCUGCUUUUUACAUAAGAAAGAAGUCUGAAAUAUCAAAUGUCGAUUUUAAAUAACA